CGCGCCAAAAUUAUCAGACACGUAGACGUGACAAGUUGUUAUGUUAUUUAAUAUUUUUAUAAAUUUGUGAAUACAGAAAUAUUAUAAAAAGAAAAUUAAAAUAUGAAAAACAUUUAACCACGAGUACAAGGUUAAGUAAAUCUAUGAAUUUUGUACAUUAACUAAAAGAUAAUUCAUAUAAAUAUAUUUUUUAAAUAAAUUAAUUAAUCAUGGCUGAUGAUAACGACUCAGAUGUAGGUGAUCUUCUUGACAAUCUUCUUGGUAAUGAUGAUGAUGAUUCGGAACCAGAAGAGAAUGUAAAAAGUACUCCAAAAAAAAUUCUCAAAGAAUUAGAUUUUAAUUUUUUAGACAAAGUGGAUAAGACUGAAGAAAAUUCGGAAAAAAAUUCAGAUAAAAAUGGUUCAAUGCUCAAAAGUGGCUGGGACAGCUCAGAUGAUGAAGACAAUAAGUAUUUUGAAGAACAAAAAUACUCUGAAUCAGGAAGAAGCAUCAAAGAAUUAUUAAAAAAGCAAGAAUUCGAUAAACAGUCAUUAUAUAGCUCAAAACUAGAACAAAAACCAAUUUUAAAAUCUCAUAAUGAUUCCAUGACUUCCGAUGAUAUAGCUAAAAAAGUAAAGAACAAUACAUUUCUUCCAAGUCCACCGAAAAAUGCUGAUAGGACUCAGAACGCCAAGAAAACAGGACCAUUAACUGAAUGGCUAAACAAACCAUCAGAUGUUUACAGUGACCCUAUUUUUGGAUUGAGAAUAGUAAAACCUUUAGUGUCGUCUGCAGAAUUAAAGGAAAGAAUGAAAGAUAGAAAAACAGUAACUGUAUCAAGGAUUAAACAUUUUAUAGCCACUCAAGAUUUAUCUAACGAUUGGGUCAUUGCAGGAGUACUGAUUCAAAAGUCCACAACGAAAAAGUCACAAAAUGGUAAUGCAUAUUGUAUUUGGACUAUUAGUGAUCUCUCGGAUGCUAUAAAUACAGUGUCAAUAUUUUUGUUCAAAGAAGCUUAUAAAUUAUUUUGGAAGACUGAUUCAGGUGUUGUCAUUGCCAUUCUAAAUCCAAAUGUUUUGGAAUCACGAAGUGAAAAGGAUCAAGCUACACUAUCUGUUGAUAAAGCACAAAAAAUCAUGAUUCUAGGUAAUUCUAAAGAUUUAGGAAGAUGCAAGUCAAAGAAAAAGAGUGGAGAAGCUUGUAAUAAUAUUGUUAAUAUAAGUAGAUGUGAAUAUUGUCUUUAUCAUGUUAAGCAUGAAUACAACAAGGCUUCAAGAAGGCCAGAUUUAGGAACUGAUCCCAUGAAUAGAAAGUUUAGAAAUAUUCUAUCUAAUUCAAAGCCAAAUACCUCAGGUUCAGGAAUGUAUUCUCAAGCUAAUCAUCAUAAUAAUAUGCUUCUUAUUCCAGCAAAAAGGAAUGUAAAGAUGGAACAAAAAGAUUCAGCGAGAUUAGCAUUGCUAAUGGGUAAAACUGCUGAGGCUAAUGACCCUCCAAAAAACACUCACGUGGAGUCAAAUGGUGCUUUAAAAAAUAAAAUCAAUUUAGAAGAAUCAACCAACAGCCAAGUAAAAAAAGAUUUAGAUCGGCUUAGCAAAAUACGUGGAUCGACUUUUGGUGCAGUUUCUGCAAAUUUAUCUGGAAAAGAAAAAUUAUUUUCACCGUCGCUAAAAUCUAAAUCUACUACGACAGAGAAGAAAAGUACAAGUUUUAGUUUAUCAAAUUUACCACCAAUUCCAAAACUUGGUAUGGGUGUUAAAGGUAAUAUAAUCGAUUUCUCUGAACCAAUAACUAAAAAGCACAUCAACUCUGCUAAAGCAAAUGCUAUAAAAUGGGUAAAAGAAAACGGUGGAAUAAAACAGUCUAAUCCAAAUAAAAUAGGACAGAGUAGAGAGAAAAAAGACGCGAUUAGAGAAGUGAAUAAGAGACGUCGUGAAGAGGAGGAAGAGGAAGUUAAAGUAGAACCGAAAACUAAAAUUAAUAAAAUCUCAGAUGAAUUCAAGAAAUUGAUGGAAGCUUCUUCUGCACAUGAAGAUCUUAUUGAAAAAUCUAAAGAAAGUGAUAAAGAAAAAUAUUUUAAGAAAUUAGAAGCUAAAGAAAGAAUGGAAGAAAAAAUGAUAAAUACCUUCAAAGUAGACUGCAAAGCAGUUACAUGUUUAGUAUGCCGAUAUACAUCAUUUUCAGCUUCUGAAAUGUGUAAAGAGAAAAAACAUCCAUUGAGGGUAAUAGAUGCAGUAAAAAGUUUCUUCAAAUGUUCUGAUUGCGGUAAUAGAACCGUAAGUUUAGAUAGGCUUCCAUCGACUAGCUGUAAAAAAUGUAGUAGCUCUAAUUGGGUACGAACGGGAAUGAUGGAUGAAAAGAAGAUGAAACUUCCUGGACCAGUACUUUCAAUUCGUGGAGGUGAGGAGAAAUUUAUUGGAUCUGAUAUCAAGGAUGCUAAUUUAGAUCUACUAGUUCCAAUUACAUCAGAAUCAUGAAAAUUAUGUGAUAAAGAAAUUGUAUACAACUAAUAAUUAAGGAAUAAAGAAGUAUUUUAUAAAGGAAUCAAA